ACUUCCUGCACAUGCGCAAUUCGGUGUGAGACAAAUGUUAGACCCCAUUCCGUGUUUCUGCGCGUACAUUUUGCUACCCAAGGUCGCGCCAUGACAUCGCCUACAAGUGUAAUCUGGGAUUUCUAUUGGAGAGGCAGUUUUAGUACUGUCUUUAAUGUAGCCUUUUGACUUUGUGGCUGUGGUAACAACCUUGCAGUGCAGUGCUUUUCCACGUGACCGAACGCGGAAGCGGAUUGUACAAACAACAGCUGAGAAGUCUGGGGAUGAUGAUGAUGAUGGCGGAGUUGGUGCAGGGACAGGCCUCCGUGGCUCAGCCCGGAAUGAAAGCUGACGGCUUCGCCGACGCUUUACAUCGGGCUCGACAGAUGGCAGCAAAGAUGGGGAAUGAGCAAAUUGUAGACCCCUCCAUGUAUGGCUAUGGGGGCCAGAAGCGUUCGGUGGAAGAUGGAGUAGGUAACCAGCUGGGAGCCAUGGUACAUCAAAGGGCUGUCAUGACAGAAGACUUUAAAGUGCCUGAUAGAAUGGUUGGAUUCAUCAUAGGCAGAGGAGGAGAACAAAUUACAAGAAUCCAGCUGGAGUCCGGGUGUAAGAUUCAAAUUGCGUCUGAGAGUGGAGGUAUGAUGGACAGAGCCUGCUCCCUCACUGGAACCCCUGAGAGCAUUGAGCAGGCCAAGAGAAUGCUUGGUCAGAUAGUGGAACGCUGUCGGAACGGCCCAGGGUUCCACAGCGAGGCUGAGAGCAACAGCUCAGUCCAAGAGAUGCUCAUCCCAGCCAGCAAAGUGGGCCUGGUCAUUGGAAGGGGAGGGGACACCAUUAAGCAACUGCAGGAGAGAAUAGGAGUGAAGAUGAUGAUGAUCCAGGAUGGCCCCAUGCCCACCGGGGCGGACAAACCCCUGAGAAUCACUGGUGAUCCCUACAAGGUCCAGCAAGCUCGGGAGUUGGUGAUCGAGAUCAUCCGCGACAAAGAUCAGGGAGACUUCCGCAGCAACCGCAACGACUUUGCGUCAAGAUUAGGCGGAAGUACUUUGGAUGUAGCUGUGCCCAGGUUCGCAGUGGGGAUCAUCAUCGGCAGGAGUGGCGAGAUGAUCAAGAAGAUCCAGGCUGAUUCUGGAGUGAGGAUCCAAUUCAAACCAGAUGAUGGCAUCAGCCCAGAGCGCAUCGCCCAAGUGAUGGGCCAACCAGACAGGUGUCAGCAUGCUGUCCAUCUCAUCAACGAGCUCAUCCAAACAGCACAGGAGCGCGAUGGCUUUGGGGGCUCUGGAGGACCAAGAGGAAGGGGACGAGGCCGCGGGGACUGGGGCAUGGGCUCACCAGGGGGACUGCAGGAGGUCACCUACACAAUACCCGCUGACAAGUGUGGUCUGGUGAUCGGCAAAGGCGGAGAUACCAUCAAGAGCAUCAACCAGCAGUCUGGAGCCCACGUGGAGCUGCAGAGGAACCCCCCUCACAACACCGACCCCAAUGUCCGCAUCUUCUCCAUCAGAGGCACCCCGCAACAGAUGGAACUAGCACGCCAGCUCAUCGAUGACAAGAUCGGAGGUUCAGGAAUAGUGAGCAACAAUAAUUUUGGAUUUAGCCCUUUCACUCAAGGCCCUGCAACUCAUCAAAAUUGUGGCAGUGGAGCCCAGACCUUCAUGACAGGAGGAUGGGGGACUACUUAUCAAACAUGGCAGCCUCAAGGCCAGCAGGACCCCAGUCACAAUGGACCCCAAGCAGGCCAGAUGGACUACUCUAAAGCAUGGGAGCAGUAUUAUAAAAAGCUAGGUCAGACAUCUCAGCAGCAGAGCUCGCUCCCAGAAUACAGCGCGGCUGUGGCAGAGUAUUACAGGCAGCAGGGAGCAUACCUCUGGCCGGGUGCACAGGCAACCCAGGGCCCAGGUCUUCAGGAGCAUUAGAGUGGACGCCCAUCUUAUGAAGAUUUUGGAAUCAUUGAGAUGAUGAAAACAGAACUAUUAACAGUACUAUUGAGGUUUCUAAAGUAUAUUUUCAACACUUUGCGGCUUACCUUUCCUUUUUGUAAUGCACUAGCUAUAGAAUAACAAAAAAUAAUUAACGAAAAUCUAUUUCUUUUAUUUUAAUUUUUUCUUAUUUUCUUUUAUUUUUUUACCUAAAAACUGAUAUUUUACUGGGCAAUUUGGAAUACCUAUGGUCUUGAAUAUAACUUUCUUUCUUUUUGAUCAAACUUGAACUUAAAAUGUAUCGGUGUGGCUUUGAACAAAAUGCAGUAUAAUCUAUUUUGUCCAGUUUUAGCAAUAAAAUGGUAUUGGCUUAGCAGUCUUGAGUAUUGAGUAUAAUGACAGUUUUGUUUUUGUAAACUAUGUUUUAAACAUGUGCUUGUGAUGAUUUGUGUUUUUACGUAGACAUUUUUUUUGUUGAGAGAUUGAAAUGUAAUGUAUUAUUGUUGGAAAAAAGUUUUCUUUUGUACUAAAUUCCUGGUAUGGUGUCUAAUUUCUUAUUUAAUCCUGUUAUUCUUCUGUGUUAUUGUUUUGUUUUCUGUUCAGGGAGGUGCAAUAUCUCAUUUCGGUUUGCAGACAAAUAUGUUGACAAAAAUGAGUUCUUAUUCCUACAUUAGAAAUCUUAGGUUUAAGCCUAAGUGUAAUAAAUGCUUGUCAAAAUGAUCUGUUAGGGAGUGGGGUUAUUAUUAUGAGUUUGAUUUAAUCUUGUUAUGUAUGUAUCCUUAUGUACAUGGGUAUUUAAGUAUAUUUGUUGAAUAAGGAUUGUUUGUGUAGUUUUCACAUGGAUGCUCUCCCAAUUUUCUGUAUUCACUGCUCAAAUAUGGUAAAUAUGUUUCGAAAUUUGAUGUUGCAUCUCUCACCAAGUGCAAAUAUAAACCCAGUAUACACUCUGUGCUCAAGACUGCUAAGCCUUUCUUUCAUUCUACCUGUUAAAAAUAUUUGUUUUUGUAUGGCAAAUGUGUGUACCCCCUAGCUUCCACAAUAUCCCAACCAGAACACUCUGUUACUCGCUAACAUGAUUGUUUUUGUGUGAGCAAGAAUGUAUGCUAUGAUUUGUUACAUGAUUACUGUCUCUACUAUAUUUUCUAAUGACAAGGCAUACUGUAUCCUCUUAUUUUAAUUUUUUUUUCUCAUAUGCACAGCUAACGAUGUAUUUAAAAGUAGUCAUUUUUUUGUUUCUGGGGCAGUUGAUACCAUUUGGGCUAUUGUAAAGCACAUUCCUGUUUUGAAAUGUUUGCUGCCUUUUCAAUGGCAAAUUAGCUUAACUGCAGAGUUACCCAGAGAGCCAUAUCACUGGACUAACAAAUUCAUUGUUCUGUAGCAUACAGUGUGAUUUAGAUACCUUAAGUGUAAAGUUUUAUAUGCCAUAAACAUGAAUAGAGGCAAUAUAUAUUCUCACUAGUUUAUUUCUAUGCUUUCUUUACUCUUUGACUCAAAGUAAUUUGCCACAAUUGCUUUUGUGGUGAAAAUAUAGAAUCUUUAUUUUUGUACUGUUAAAAAGUUAACUGCACCGGUAUGAAGUAUAAUGAUGUGUCAAUCUCCCUACCAGUUUUCUUUGUUGCUGUGUACCCUGCUUCAAUUAAAUCUAAACUCCACGAUUGAGUAUGAAUUUA